AUGAUUGACAACUUCUUCCAGGACGUGACUCGUCUCGUUCGGUCUCAAGGGGAGCCUGCUGCCAAGGCGCAUACAGUGCUGAGGGAGGUGUCGGAGAAGGUGCAUGAGAUUUUGGUGAAGAGCAAGGGUGCGGAGGCUUGGGAUACUGCGGUUGAUGUGAUUCGGACUUUGGAUGGGGCUAUUAUUGAUUUGGCGGAUUUGGUGGAGGUGGCGGUUGGAGAGGACGAUGAUGGAAAGUUUGUUAUGUAUCAGAGGAUAAAGGAGCAGAAGGCGAAGGACCCAGGAUCGAGGAGUAACGAUUGAGAUAUCAUUGGAU